AAUACAAUCAGUAAAGGUCAGUUGGUCCAAGAAACCUUGAAAGAUGAACAUAUAAGAAGCCCAUGUCCACAACCAAAUAGAAACAUUCGUCGGAAGAGUCAAUCUAGACGUUCAGUGAAUCUUACAGUUUGCGUAUUCAGCCUUAUAGGAUUUGAAUUAUCUACAACUGAAGAAUGCACGCUCCUGCUGCAGUUGAAAAAGCCAUGGAGAAACCAAGAAUCUAUAUCGAAGUGUCUGGAAAUUGGUUGCGGUCCCGGAGAUAUAACAAAAGACAUUUUGUUGCCGUCUCUUGGCUCAAGUGCACACAUAAUUGGCGUGGAUAUUUCCGAGCCCAUGGUCAAAUACGCGAAUGAAAAAUAUGGUGAUGAAAAACGGCUCCAAUUCGAGGUACUGGAUAUUGAAACGAAAAAUUUACCUAAAAAAUAUAUUUCUGAAUUCGAUCAUAUAUUUUCGUUUCACACUUUGCACUGGUGCAGUGACAUUCGACACGUUCUUAAAAACAUUUAUCAAAUGCUACAACCCAAUGGAUUCGCAUUUUUGCAAAUAGUAGCAGCUCAAGAUUAUUUGGACAUUAUGGGGAAGUUGAUACGAGACAUCCGCUUUGCACAAUAUGUACCGGAGCACAUAAGAAACAUUUUACCGUAUCAAGAAUUCAAUAAUACGCGUAAAGGAUUCAAAGAAUUACUUCAAAGUGAAGGCUUUACUGUUCACCAUUGCAGUCUUCGGAAUGAAGUGGAUUUUGAAGAAAAAGCAGAACCGUUUAUAGGUAUGAACAAGGCAAAAAUUCCCAAAAUUGAUGGUCGCGAUAUGUGGCCAGCGUUAGUAUCCGAAAGAUUUAGUCUUAGACAAGAGGUGCUAAUAAACAUCGAUGAUAUCGCUGGCUACUCAGCUAUUCGUCGUGGUAAUUUCAAAUAUGUGGACGGUGAAACGCAGUUGCGUUCCAACUGGAUAGGUGACUCCGGAAAAUCACCUAACGAAAAUCGACCGUCGUACGAUCCUGAAAAAGUGCUACAUAGCAAAGCCGGAAUUGCUAUCGCUCAGAUAACUAACGCGCGAAUAUCAGAGCGGAAAAGAAGAAAUGUUAUAGAAAGAUUAGAAGAGAAUAUACUGACUUCUCACAAGAUUCUACAAUUAAGGCAUCAGGCUGAAAUCCAUUGCAACGUGACGGAACAGGAAAAGAUUAACUAUGGUACCACCGAGCAACGAAAAACUAGAUCCGCGGGCGAAUCCAAUAUACUGGAACAAUACUUGGAGUUGCUGGUGUGAUUCAUUACUUUUGAAUUAAACUAACAGUACCGUGACCAUCACAUAUUUGAAUGUGUUCAUCAUGAUCGUUUUUAUCGCUUGCAUGAUCUUGAUUACUGCAGGUAUUUCUUUCGGAUGUAAAUUAUACCGUUCUAAAAGAUAAUGUAUUACCAUACAGUACAGAAAGCUAUUAGAAAUUUUUCAAAAUCAUCUCAACCUUUCACAUUUUAUGUAAAACAAUUCUGAAAAAAUUCUACA